CAGUGGAGAUCGGCUCAUAUUCGGGCUGGCACGGCUAAAAAUGCGGUUCCUCGUAGACGCUAUUGUGGGACGUAUAUUCCCAUCAUUCCUGCUUUUUGGAAAAGAAAUCUUUUUCUUUCAGUUUAUUCAAAAACACUAAAAAGUUUUAGAUUUUUUUCUCUACAAAACAAGCCUAUGUGAAAUACGACUGAGGCCAUACAGAAAAAGUGGUUUUUCGCUGAUAGAGUCUCUACUUUUGCCAUUCCUUUAUCGGUUUAGGUGGAGAGUGGAUUCUAAACCACUUAAAACCUUAAAACUUUUCAGAUUUCUCAUUGCUGUAGUAGCAACUAGGAAGUACGUAUGAUCUGAUUCUUUAUUGUUUUCGGCCAUCGAAAUAUGGAGUGAUGAUUGCUACCUCUCCUGGAUUUAGAUCUUGAGUGUGGACGCAAAUGCUGUUUAUGUUUGAAUUGACUUCGAAUUCUUUGGUUUUAUUGCCAUAAUCAGAAUCUGAAAUGGGAAAACGUCAACAUCAAAAAGAUAAACUGUAUUUAACCACAACGGAAUGGAGUGGCAUUUACGGAGGAAAAGCCGCAGCUUUGGCAGCGCGUCCUGGUUCGAGCUUCGUUGGCAGGUUUCGGAGGUUGCCGUUUUACGCGUGUGCCAUAUCUCUUCAGCCCUUCGAAAACCCUUACGUGUCUCCCGAUGGAUUCGUAUUCGACCUUGUAAAUAUUUUGCCAUAUUUGAAGAAAUACGGAACGCACCCUUGCACUGGUGAGCCUCUGCAAGCCAAGGCUUUGAUCAAAGCGAAUUAUUUCAAAAAUUCCGAAGGAAAGUAUUAUUGUCCGGCUACUUAUAAACCGUUCAACGAAAAUACCCAUAUUGUCUGCAUCAAGCCGACCGGAAAUGUAUUUUCUUACGAGGCCGUGGAGAAUCUCAAUAUCAAAGCCAAGAAUUUCCGCGAUCUGAUCACAGACGCAGCCUUUCAGAAAAGCGAUAUUAUUUCGCUUCAGGAUCCCAGCAACUUGGAAAGGUUGAACAUGGAAAGCUUUCACCAUAUAAAGAACAGUUUGAAGGCCAAACCAUUAGAGGCCGGUCAAGGGUCCGGAGCAAAUCUUAAAUCCAUCAGUGUCGAAGCAAAAGCCGCUCUGGCCGAGCUGGAGAAAGACUACAAGAAGCCGCAAGACCUUUCUCUUUUUAGUGACAGUAAAACACCUUUCCGGCCAGCUGCCACCGACAGUGUGAACGCCGCCCAUUAUUCUACUGGACUGGUAGCGGCUGGAUUUACGUCGACUGUUAUGGAACCGGUGACGGUACAAACUGCUGCCAUGCUCGAUGAAGACGCCAUUCGUUAUGAUCGCGUGAAAAAGAGGCAGAAGAAGGCGUAUGUCCGUUUGAUAACCAAUUUUGGAGCGCUGAACCUCGAAAUUCAUGCUGAUAUGGCCACUAAGACCAGCGAUAAUUUCCUUCGGCAUUGCAGAGCGGGUUACUAUACAGAAACCAUCUUCCAUCGUCUGAUAAAAAAUUUCAUGAUACAAGGUGGGGAUCCCACUGGUACGGGAAAGGGUGGUGCGUCUGCUUUUGAAGGGGGAAAGGAGUUCGAGGAUGAAUUGAAAACAGGGCUCAAGCACGACGUCAGGGGCAUUGUCAGUAUGGCUAAUUCUGGACCGAAUACGAAUAAAUCACAGUUUUUCAUCAUCUUCAGGCCGCAGAAACAUUUAGAUGGCAAGCAUUCGGUAUUUGGUCGUGUCGUUGGCGGUUUGGACGUUUUGGCCAAAUUGGAGCAGAUUCCAGUUGAUGAUACUGACAAGCCUACUCAUCCUAUAAAAAUCAUCAACAUCGAAGUCUUUCAAGAUCCUUUUGCGGAUGUAGAAAAAGAGAUUGCCGAAGAACGAAAACGCAAAGCGGAUGCUGUCGCUGCUGAGACUUCGUUUCUUAAAGAAAACCCAGGCAGAAAACUGAGGCUCUUGACGAAAGCGCUUUGCCCAGGUCAAGCGGGCAAGUUGGGAAGUAUUUGGCUAAUGCAAGAAAAAGGUUACCUCAGGAUGAUGACACUCCAUCUACCAGUACGGAAACGCUUAAUAAAAAAUCGAAACUUCCCGCAGAAGGUAUCAAGUUUAAAGAUUUUAGCGCAUGGUGACGUGUUGUGAGUUAUGAAGAGGAUCAUGUUUUUGUUCUACGAAAUUUGUUUUGAAACUGUUAUGCACUACGUAGAAUGAAUAUUAUUAGUUUUGAGUCUUGACUGUUGGUGCGCGGAGUAUUGGGUGCUUUACUUUGAUACAAUGAACGAUACAAAGGAAUAACACUUUCUGGUAAAUAGCGCAGCGAAGCAGUCAACAAAUAUACUAAAAGCUGUUAAUUGCUAUCGAAAUCUGUAAAUCCGCAGUAAAUAAAUGAAUUCAG